UUGAAUGGAUGACACGGUAGGAGCUAUGUGCAUAUGUACUAUAUAGCUAGUUACUAGGUCGCGUGUGCUUCUAACUCGACGUGACUAGACGGCAGGGGAGCAACUCAUUGGAUAUUAGUGUGAUAACGUAUGAAACAAAAAGUUCAAAAUGACUCGUUCCGAAUUUGAUUUUGACGACAAAAAACCAAAGAAAGGAUAUUGCGGUGGUAAAAGACCUUGCAUGUUUGCAGUAGUUCUAUUAAUUCUAGCUGGGAUAUUGGCCGUCGUUAUAUAUUUAGCUGCUUUCUACAAAUCUCCUAUGGUAGAUGAUCAUUCAGAUUCUACUGACAACCCUCAAGACUCAGCGUAUCUGGGACCAAGGAUUAAUUGUUUUCCGGAAUCGGAAAAUAGUGCUAUUGUGAUCGAUGCAACAAAAUGUGCAUCGCGGGGCUGUUUGUUUGAUGCUAAUGCUGCUGCUACAGGACAGGAUGUGACGUGUUUCUAUGAUAAUAAAAGAUUCGGUUAUAAGGUGGGGGAGACCACGAACACCCCUAUGGGGUUUAAUGUACAUCUAUCUCAGUACGGGAAAUCACCGUUUGGCGGUGAUAUCACUAAUGUAGUGAUGUCAGUCGAAAAUAGGGGAGAUAACCUGCUACGAUUUAAGUUUGAUUCCAGUAAUUCUAACAGAUUUAAAGUACCGUUAGAUUUAAAUCUACCAACAACAAUAGGUACUUCACCUAAAUAUAAACUAGAGAUUUUAAACCAAAACCCUUUCUCAUUUACUGUCACCAGAACAGAAACAAAUACAACCAUAUGGAACACAUCAUUAGCUGGUUUCACCUUCUCGGACCAAUUCCUUCAAAUCAGCACUGUUCUACCGUCAAGAAAUGUUUAUGGUUUUGGUGAAAAUAGACAUACCUCUUUUAGACAUGUGUUCAAUCAAACAUGGCCGAUGUUUAGUCGAGAUCAGCCACCGGGCUGGGGUGAUAAUGAUAAUCUAUAUGGUGUUCAUCCGUUCUACACGUGUGUUGAGGAUACAGCUGGUAAUACUCAUGGUGUUUUAUUAUUAAACAGUAAUGCUCAAGAUUAUUCAUUGAACGAUCACCCAAGUUUAACAUACAGAACAACCGGUGGAAUAUUAGAUUUCUAUAUUUUUAUGGGACCAACUCCUGAAUAUGUUAUCCAACAAUACACUGCGGUGAUAGGACGACCUUAUAUGCCACCAUAUUGGUCAUUAGGAUUUCAACUCUGUCGCUAUGGUUACAACCAUAUUGAUAAUAUUACCAAAGCAGUAGAAAAUACCAAAAAAUACAACAUACCACUCGAUGUACAAUAUGCAGAUAUUGAUCAUAUGGAUGAAAGGAAAGAUUUUACUGUAGAUGACGUAAACUUUAAAGGAUUAAAUGAUUAUUUUAAUACACUAAGGAAUGGUGGGAUGCAUACUAUUAUUAUUUUGGACCCGUGUUUAAUAACCAAUGAAACUAAUUAUGAACCAUAUGAAAGGAUGAAAGAGGUUGAUGGUAAUAUUAAAUGGUCGAAUGAUACCACCUCUCUUCCUGCUAAUAGCUCGGACGAGACAGGAGCUAUACUUGGCUUUGUUUGGCCAAAAGGGAAGGUAGUGUUUCCCGAUUACUUUAAGAAUUCCACACGUGAAGUUUGGAAAGAGCUGAUAAAAAUACAUUAUAAUACAACUAUGCAAUUUGAUGGUCUGUGGGUGGAUAUGAACGAACCUGCAAACUUUGGAACCAAUGAAGAGAAACCAUGGAACUGGCCAAAAGAUGCUAGACCUUAUUGGAGUUUAAAAUGUCCGACAAGUAAAUGGGAUGACCCACCGUACAGAACAAAAGCAGCAUAUAAACACGAUAAUAAAGAUCGUGCAGAAAGAAUAUCAAGUAAAACAAUAUGUCUAUCGACUGUCCAGGGUGAGAACGGUGAAUACAGACAUUAUGAUGUACAUAGUUUAUAUGGCUGGAGUCAAACAUUACCUACACUAGAAGGAUUGAGAUCAGCUACCGGUAAACGUGGUAUGGUUAUCUCGAGGUCGACAUAUCCAGGUAGUGGACGAUAUUCUGGUCAUUGGUUAGGUGAUAACGGUAGCGGCUGGAGAGACAUGGCAGAAUCUAUUAUUGGUAUGCUUGAAUUUAACUUGUUUGGCAUCCCAUAUAUCGGGGCUGAUAUAUGUGGAUUCUGGGGUAAUGUUGACAAAGAACUCUGUAAAAGAUGGAUGCAGCUCGGUGCCUUUUAUACAUUUAGUAGAAACCAUAAUGGAAUAAGAAAUAUUCCACAAGAUCCGGGAUCACUUGGUGAUGACGUUGCACAUGCAUCUAAGGUUGCCAUAGAAACACGAUAUUGGUUUUUACCCUAUCUAUAUACAUUGUUCCAUGAAGCUCACACACAGGGUAAUACGGUUAUACGACCAUUACAUCACGAAUUUAGAAAUGAUGCUAUGGCGCUUGGAAUUGAUAAACAGUUUCUUUGGGGACCGGCACUUCUUAUAUCACCUAUAUUAGAACAGGGACAAACUACGUUGAAGUAUUUUCUACCACAAGGAAUAUGGUACAACUAUUAUGAUGGUCAACCAGAAAAUGGUCCAGAAUAUCGCAACAUGGCAGUCGAACCCGAUUCGCCCAUCCCGCUACAUACACGAGGAGGGCACAUUCUUCCAUUACAACAACCGGCUAAUAAUACACAUUACAGUCGUAAGAAUAGUUUUAAGGUAUUAGUAGCAUUGAGUGAUAUGGAUACAAACAACGGUCAAGCUAGUGGUCAACUCUUCUGGGAUGACGGUGAAUCAAUAGAUGCGUACGAAUCGGGAAAUUAUUAUUUAUCCAAAUUCAUAUCAGAAGAGAAAACAUUAAAAAUGAAAGUAGAAUAUAACAGUGUUGCAGAGAUCAGCAAUCUUUAUAUAGAUUCCAUAGAAGUAUGGGGUGUUGCCACUGACGUUCAAAGUGUCCGAGUGUUUUCAUCCUCUAAUCAUCAGAUACUGCAACAUCAUUAUGAUAAGGACAAAAAGAUUUUGAAAAUAAUGAAUGGAAGGUUACCUUUAUCUCAGCCUUUUGAAUUGUACUGGAGUCCGGUAACUAGUGAUGAUUUUACAAGAAUCGAUUGCUAUCCAGAUGCACAAGGUAUGUUUGUUAAAGUAAACAAAACUCAGUGUGACCAGAGAAAUUGUAUCUUUGACGCCAGUAGUAAAGAAGGCGUUCCUAUGUGCUAUUUUAAUAAUAGCAAUUAUGGCUACCGCAAGAAUGGUGAUGCUCAAGAGACGGAUGAGGGAUACAGGAUUCCAUUACAGAAAACAUCAAAUCCGGGGCCUUUCGGAGAUGAUUUAACUAAUAUUACGUUCGAAGUGCAGGAAUUGGAUGAUCAUCUUUUGCGAAUUAAGAUUUAUGAUCCAUCAGCUCAGAGAUAUCAAGUACCAAUCAAAUUAAAUUUGCCAAAUGCCCGACCGGAAGAGCCUCGAUAUCGGAUUGUUUACCCCAAUAAUGAUACGUUUAGUUUCCAGAUCGUACGAAGAAGUACUGGAGCUGUUUUAUGGGAUACAGGUGUGGGCGGCUUUACCUUUGCUGAUCAGUUUUUACAGAUCGCCACAAAACUACCCUCUGAAAAUAUUUAUGGAUUUGGUGAAAAUAUAAAAAAAUCUUUCCGUCAUAAUUUGUGGUUUAAAUCAUGGCCGAUGUUCAGUCGGGAUGAAAAUACACUUGGCAAUACCCAGUCAAAUCAUUAUGGUGUUCAUCCAUUUUAUAUGUGUAUUGAAAAUGAUGGUCAAUCUCAUGGUGUCUUAUUCUUAAACAGUAAUGCUCAAGAUUAUUCUUUCACGCCGUUACCUAUGCUGAUCUAUAAAACUAUCGGAGGAAUAUUCGACAUUUUUUUCUUCUUGGGUCCAGAGCCAGAAAACGUUGUUCAGCAAUAUACUACUAUGAUUGGAAAACCUUACAUGCCACCAUAUUGGAGUUUAGGAUUUCAGCUCUCUAGGUAUGGUUAUAACAGUCUUAAUGCCAUGCAGGAAGCUGUAAAUAGAACAAGAGAUGCUGGAAUACCACACGAUGUCCAAGUGGCAGAUAUUGACCAUAUGGAUGAAAGGAAAGACUUUACUAUUGAUGAUGUGAAUUAUUCCGGUUUAAAACAAUAUUUCGAAUCACUGAGAAACGAUGGAAUUAGAACUAUCAUAAUUUUGGAUCCAGCUUUAAUAGUUAACGAAACGAAUUAUAAUCCAUAUGAAAAAAUGAAGGCUGUUAGUGGUAACAUAAAGUGGCCGUCGACUGGUGUUUCUAUACCGGAAAAUAGUUCGGAUAUCGACAGAUCAGUCCUAGGAUAUGUUUGGCCAAAAGGAAAGGUUGUGUUUCCAGAUUUCCUAAAGAAUGAAACCAACAGAGUUUGGUCUGAAUUGAUCGCAGAACAUUACCAACAGAUACCGUUUGACGGAAUAUGGAUAGAUAUGAACGAACCUGCAAACUUUGGAACCAAUGAAGAGAAACCAUGGAACUGGCCAGACGAUGCUAGACCUUAUUGGAGUUUGAAAUGUCCGACAAAUAAAUGGGACGACCCACCUUAUAGAACAGGUGCAGCUUUUAAUUUUGAUUCGGCCACGUCUAAAGUUCGUCUUUCCCAGAAGACAAUAUGUAUGGAUUUAGUCCAGGGGAAUUCAGAAGAGUAUAAACAUUAUGAUGUACAUAGUUUGUAUGGUUGGAGCCAAACCGAGGCUACGCUAAGAGGUACUCGACUAGCGAAUGGAAAUAAAGAGCGUGGUAUCGUGUUGUCAAGAUCAACAUUUCCUGGUAGUGGGGCGUCAUCUGUACACUGGUUAGGUGAUAAUAACAGCUCAUGGGAACAAAUGGUCCUCUCUAUUGUUGGUUUGCUUGAUUUCAACCUAUUUGGAAUACCGUUUGUUGGAGCUGAUAUUUGUGGGUUUUUUGACGACACAACACCAGAGUUAUGUAAACGAUGGAUGCAGCUAGGAGCUUUCUAUACAUUCAGUAGAAAUCAUAAUGGUGAAAAAAACAUUCCCCAAGAUCCGGCAGUUUUUGGCGAUGACGUGACUAAGGCAUCAAAAGAAGCCCUGGAAACUAGAUAUUGGUUGCUACCCUAUCUAUAUACAUUAUUUCACCAAGCUCAUAUUCAAGGUGGAACAGUUAUACGGCCAUUACAUCACGAGUUUGCAACUGAUAGUUCUACCUAUGGUAUAGAUAAACAAUUUCUAUGGGGACCUGCUUUACUCAUUUCACCUAUUCUUUAUCAGAGUCAGUCGGGCUUGACUUAUUAUGUCCCCGGUGAACGGUGGUAUGACUUUUAUACUGGUGAGAAAGUAACAGAGGGUAAAGAAUGGUUACAAAUGCCAAUUACACCCGAAUCUAAAAUACCUCUACAUGUACGUGCUGGAUAUAUUCUUCCUUUACAAGAGCCUGCUAAUAAUACACGUUAUAGUCGCCAAAAGCCAUUCAAGGUAUUAGUAGCUUUAGCGGAAAUACCAGGUCGGGGUCUACAAGCAUCUGGUCAACUAUUCUGGGACGAUGGCGUAUCUAUAGAUACUUAUGAAAAUGGGAAUUAUUUGUCAAUGAAAUUUGACUGUAAGAAAAAUAUAUUGGAGAUAAGAGUUGAGUAUAACAACCUGUCAGAAACAGAUAGUUUGGUAUUAGAUACAGUAGAAAUAUUUGGUGUAGAAAACUGGAUACAUUAUGUCAAUGUCAACGGUACAGACCAUAAUAUAUUCACCAACGACAACCAAAGAAAGACCCUGGUUAUAAAUAAUUUAGGCCUACCGUUAGCUCAAAACUCAUUGAUUGAAUGGAGAGAGAAACGAGCGCCAACACAACAGGAGUCCGAAAGAAUAGAUUGUUUACCCGAUACCAAUAAAUACACAGAUAUUACUGACAAGAGAGGAGAAUGUAGCCGAAGGAAAUGUAUAUGGAGGCCAAUAUCCGAUGUAGAUAAAGUACCUAAUUGCUAUAUUAAUAAUGACUUGUAUGGGUAUAGUCUGGUAUCAAAUACAACCUCUAAUAAUGGUAAAGAUAUGAUGUUUAAUCUAAAAUGGAGGAAUAAAUCUCAGAUGUUUACAGGAGAUAUACAUAAUAUAACUUUAUCUGUUCAGUAUAUCAAUGAUAACUUCAUUCGAUUUAAGAUUUAUGACCCAAACAAUCAGAGAUAUGAGGUACCAGUUCCUGUCGACCUUCAAAGAUCAAGUGCAACAUCUCCAAAAUAUCAACUAGAACAUGGAAACUCUGACACGACAGGAUUUUGGUUUAGAAUUCGCCGGACAUCCACCAAUAAAAUAUUAUGGGAUACAUCUAUUGGUGGACUAACAUUUGCUGACCAGUUUCUACAGAUAGUUACCAGGUUACCGUCUAACAAUAUUUAUGGGUUUGGUGAGAAUCGCCAUUUUAAUCUCCGUCAUGAUCUAAACUGUCAAAGAUGGCCGAUGUUUUCUAGAGAUCAGGCUCCUGGAUGGGGUGAUUAUGGUAAUCUGUAUGGUGUUCACCCAUUUUAUAUGAAUGUUGAAGAUGGAGAUGGCAACGCUCAUGGGGUUUUAUUGUUAAAUAGCAACGCAAUGGAAAUCUUACUUCAACCAGCACCUGCUCUAACCUACAGAACAAUUGGUGGUGUUUUAGAUUUUUACAUGUUUCUUGGCCCAGAACCAGAAUCAGUGAUCCAACAAUAUACUAGUAUAAUUGGUCGUCCGUAUUUACCACCAUAUUGGUCGUUAGGUUUCCAGUUGUGUCGCUAUGGUUACAAUAGUCUGAAAACCUUAGAGGAAGUGGUAAACAGAACGAUAGCAGCCGACAUUCCUUAUGAUGUACAAUAUGCUGAUAUUGAUCACAUGGAUGAAAGAAAAGAUUUUACAAUCGACCAGCAAAAUUUUAAAGAAUUACCACAGCUUUUCAGAAAAUAUCAAGAUAUGGGAAUGAAAUUUAUAAUUAUUUUGGAUCCUGCUAUUAUCAGUAAUGAAACAAACUACAGACCAUAUACACUGGGCAUUGAUCGAGAUGUAUAUAUCAAAUGGCCAAAUGGUACCAAUCCAGAUUAUGCUGACUUCAACAAUGAUAAUAUUCUAGGAUAUGUUUGGCCAAAGGGUAAAACAGUUUUUCCUGAUUUUCUGAAAGACAACACGACCAGUUAUUGGUCAGACUUGAUCCAGGAACAUUACAUGACCUUACCAUUUGAUGGCUUGUGGAUAGAUAUGAAUGAACCAGCUAAUUUCGGUACAAACGAAGAACGGCCUUUUAAUUGGCCUGAAAAGGAUAAACCAUACUGGAGUUUGAAAUGUCCGACCAAUAAAUGGGAUGAUCCACCUUAUAAACCAGAUGGUGUAUUUGGUGCUAGAAUAUCAGAGAAGACUAUAUGUAUGAUAUCCCUACAGAAUGAUAGUCAAUACAGACAUUAUGAUGUACAUAGUUUAUAUGGCUGGAGUCAAACAUUACCUACACUAGAAGCUCUACAGAAUGCUACUAAUAAAAGGGGAAUGGUUAUUAGUAGGUCAACAUAUCCAAGUAGUGGAAAAUAUUCUGGACAUUGGUUGGGUGAUAACAAUAGCCAGUGGUCACACCUUUAUGACUCCAUUAUAGGAAUGAUAGAGUUUAAUUUGUUCGGUAUACCAUAUAUUGGAGCGGAUAUAUGUGGAUUUUUCUCAGAGUCGAAUGCGGAAUUAUGUGAGAGAUGGAUGCAAGUUGGGGCGUUCUAUACCUACAGUAGAAAUCAUAAUGGGCUGAAUAAUAGGCCUCAAGAUCCAGCAGCGUUUGGUCCAGCAGUAGCAGCGUCAUCUAGAAAUGUGUUACGUAUUAGAUACAGUUUACUUCCAUACCUGUAUACGUUAUUUUAUAAAGUCAAUAUACAGGGUGGCACUGUCAUCAGAUCCUUGUUACACGAGUUUCCAAGGGAAGAAGCCACGUGGUCUAUAGAUACUCAGUUUAUGUGGGGCUCAGAUUUUAUGAUUGCACCUGUUGUUCUACCGGGUAAAAUACGUCGAGAUGUUUAUUUUCCUAGUGCAGUAUGGUAUGAUUAUUACACAGGUAGUAUGAUUAAAACACGUGGUGGUAUGGAAACAGUGUCAGCUCCACGAGAUGUCAUACCAUUAUAUAUACGUGGUGGGUCCAUUUUACCUACACAAUUACCUGCUAAUACAACAUCGUUCAGCCGUAUGAAUCCCCUCGGAUUAAUAAUAGCCCCUGAUAGUAACGGACAGGCCAGUGGGAGUCUAUUCUGGGACGACGGAGACGGAAUAGAAACGGUACAACGUGGUGAAUAUUUCACAGCGAGUUUCAACUUUUCACAGAACAAACUUGAAAUGUCCAUCACCAGAAAUCAUUCCAUUGUGUCACCUCUACGAUUUGAUAGAAUAAAAGUUUUGAACGUGAUGACAAGUCCUACUGAUAUUCAGGUAUCAAUACCACCAGCUAUGACCAGACAAUCUGUCUCAGGUGCCACCAUACACUAUACCAGUACCUAUAAGGUAUUGAAGAUAACUGGUUUAGAUCUUCCUUUAAUAGAUAAUUUUACUAUAACAUGGAGCUAAAAUAUCCUUUACUGUUGGCACCCUUACUUUAUUUUAUUUUGAAAAUUUUAUUAUAUUACGGACUGUUUAUUAUAUUUAAUAUUCUUUUUUAUAUUUUUAUUAUGUUUUUAUAUUUGAUAUUCCUAUAUAACAUGUUUCCAAAUCAUUUUCAUACAAUUUGUUCAUUUUCGGAUCAUUUAUUUUUCAACGUAAAUAUCGGAUUGCUUGUAUAUUUAAAAAUUUCAGUCAAAUUGGUCCAUUAUGAACCGCGAUUUUUGCGAUUGAAUAUUUGGGCUAGCCUCGAUCAUCAUUACUAAAGUCGGUAGAAUCCAAUAAACAUCGCAGGCUAGUGGUGCCA